UUGGAUACUCAGUAAUGUCUGGUACAGGAUCUUCACUACCCAAUUAAUAAUCUUACAAGUGCUGUGUAGCUGGUGUUAGAUAAAUUGUAGAUGAAAACUAGAACAUGCAGCAGAAUAGAGUUUUUAGUCAAGAGUCUUCUAAUAUGAAUGUUCUGGUUUAGUACCAAGACUGCAGUAGGUCAUACAGAUGUUAUGUAUAUUUGCCAUUUACUUUAGAGAACAGAACAUCAUAGGAAAUGAGUUUUGAGAUGGAAAUGUGUUAGAUGUGAUAAUUUCUAUUAUCUGUUGUAGCAUUUCUCAUAUUUUUACUAACCUCUGACCAACUUAACUUACUUGUGUGUUAUGUUGUUGUCAGGAUGGUAAGAGACCCUACCAACUGGCUGAUGGUGAACUGAGAAGGCGGCUGAUGAAAGCAAUAGUUGAACAGAAGUAUGCUGUUCUGUAUGCCGAGGGCACAGUGAGACCAGAAAUCAUGAAAUUGUGUUUCAUUGGUAAAGAAGGAGCAGGAAAGACGACACUCAUGGAGGCUCUCAAACGAGGAUGGUUAGAAUGGGCUUUCUUUGCAAAUGAGAAAAAACCAGAUGACCCAGAAUGUGAAGAUGAACGCACAAUUGGUAUAAACGUGAUGACAGUCUACAUUCCAGGAGUGGGUCGCUUGUCAGUGUGGGACUUUGCAGGUCAAGGGCAGUUCCACAAAACACACGGCCUUUUCUUUUCCUCCAACUCGUUCUUCAUCCUGCUAGUGAGUCUAGUGAGAGGAGAGGAGAGACGACUGUGCAGUGUUGAGGAGUUACUAGAAGAGCUUCAGUAUUGGAUCUCAUUUCUCAGAGCCAGUUUGGAUGCAGAGUUUAUACCCACAGUGUUGAUAGCUGCCAGUCGGGGAGAUCGAAAUAGUAAAGGUCAAAGUAUGUUGCAGCGUCUGGUCAACCACAUUCGUGAUCUAUUCAAAAGCAAGAUCAACAUCUUUGAAGAUUGUUUUGUUCUCGACUGCAGGAGAAGCUGGACAUCUGAAAUACAACAACUAAAAGUAGUUCUUUGUGAUGUGAAAAAGAAACUUCUGCAGUCUGCUCCUCUGUAUCCUCGUCUUUGUCAGCCAGUCGUGUCCAAGUUGCUUCCUUCUCUUCGUAAGAAACAAGAAGAUCCGUUCAUGGAGAAGGCAACACUCAUGGAGAGGAUUGAGCAGGAAGCAUGUCCAGGACAAGAGAAGGUUGUAGAAAAGGUAGUUGAUUUUUUAGAUGAUUCAGGAGAGAUUGCUGUGGCUGGUGAUGUGGCGGCUCUCAAUCCUGCAUCUCUACAUCAUUACGCCAUCGGUCCUCUCAUUGCUUCUGAUGAUUUUAAGUGGCAUGUCAGGUCACAGAGGAAUGAUGGCACAGUAACAAGAGAAGAAGCAGAAACGGCAAUCGACGAUUUCCGAAAAGAUCAGAAGAUUCAAAUUCAACUCAAUACAGAUAAAAUCCUUACAAUAGGUAAAUCUCUUGGUAUCUGCUUCAAAGUGGAAGGCAGAGACGACACGUACAUGUUUCCAGCUCUCUUACCUCCUAAGGAUCUGUCUAUCAUGUGGAAGAGAGAUGAGAGUAAGAAAGUGUAUGUCGGUCGACGUCAAGUGUGCAGAAGUCAGACGACCAUUUUCAGUACGUCUGCAUUUGGCAUGUUUCAAUCUAAAGUUUGCACUACAUUAGAUAAGAAAGCACAACUGUGGAGGAAUGGACUGAUCACAUUACAAGGUGAUACAGUUCAAUUUCAUGUCGAGUGUUUGGUUGCCAUGGUAGAUCCUGUUCGUUCUGUCGACUUUCUAUGUCGUGGAGGUAAGGCAACAGAAGCAGAAUGUGUUUCUCUGCUCGACACUGUCAUGUCUCUUUGGAGAGAUAUGUUAGACAGAUACAGUCCAGGCACUGACUAUGAGACUGAAUAUCUGAGCAGAAAGCAUUUAGAGGAACACAAAGAACUGAAACAAGUUGCUGUUUACUCAGAGGAGGAAAUCAAGGAAGCAAAGGCAACUGGAAAAGCCGCAAAAGCUGCUGUAAAACAAGUAGUUGGUGAUGAGCGGGUGGUAGAAAGUCUUGGUAACCUGCUGGUUAUUCUCCCUUCCAAACAAGCAACUCCACUUUCUCCCAGUCCAGUUAUAAAGGCUGUUAUUGAGCAUGGUGUAGAUCAAUGGCAUUCAUUUGCAGAAAGAUUAGGUUUUAAUUUCUCUCAGAUUAGUGCCAUGUCUCAUGACAAAGUGUCUCCUGCUGAUAAAUUAUCUGCAAUUAUUCAAGUGAAGACUGAGGAAGUUGGUGAUAUGAAGAAGAUGGAUGAUCUGCUACUGAAGGCAUGUGCACUGUUACCGGAUCCCAUUCAUGCAGCAGUCAAGAGAAGCUUGUCAUCUUCCCAAUAUGAUUGUAGCUCAUAAGUGUGACCGUUAUAUAAACAUUAUAGUCCCAUAAAUUGGCAUAAUGUCUGUGUUUGUGUGGAGAGUGUGAAUUGUGUGUAUCUGCAAGCAAUAAUAGUGACACUUGGUGUGAAAAGAAUUUCAUGUCAUCAUCAGACAUCAUGCUACUACAUGUAUUGUUGUAUUUACAGUAUUUAUAUCUAUCUAUAUUACUAAAAUUGGCGAUGUUUGUAUGUAUAAGUUUGAUAGCAGGCUAGACCAGACUACGCACGAGGCUAAAGUUUAGGGUACAGGCAUAACUCGGCUUGGUAAGAACAUAGGCAGGGUGGCGUUGGCUUCCAGCUUCAGUCGGGUCCCUUUUGGGGUGCUACAGAAUGUAAUAUGAGCAGGAGGAUUCGGUCAGAAUUUGGGUCUCUCUCAUCCACAUCGCCUUACGAAAGUGUCGACUGAUCAACCAGAUCGCUUCCAAUAUGUUAGGCUGGUUACCUUCCUUCAGGUAUAGGAAGUGGAAGAUGAAUUGAAGG